AUGGAUUUGCUCUGCAAAAUAAUUUUCUUAUUGUUCCUAUGCACUUGGGGUGCAGAAUCUGAAGACCCCUUGGGGGAAUUCUGCAAUAAAAACACUAACAUUAGUAGUGGUGGAAAAUUAUCAUCUAACAUUGAUAAAGUAGUAGCUGAAUUAGCCCUCAAAACUCCCUCCACUGGCUUUGUUGCUACCACAUAUGGAAAAGGCCAAGACCAAGUUUAUGCCUUGGCUCAAUGCAGGGGAGAUGUUAGCAUCCAAGAUUGCUCCACUUGUAUUCAAGAUGCAACAAAGCAAAUCCGUCAACGUUGUCCAAGCCAAGCAGAUGCAAGGAUUUGGUAUGAUUAUUGCUUUCUAAGGUAUGACAACAAGAGUUUCUUUGGUGAAGUUGAUACAUCUUUUGGCAUAUUCUAUUUUAAUGUUGAAAAUGUGACUGACCCUGAAGCUUUUAAUACACAACUUGGGGCUCUAAUGGAUCACAUUAGAGCACAAGCUGUUAUGCCCAAAGAGGAAGGGCUUGGGAAGGGAAAAUCCAAGUUGUCCCCAUUUGUGACACUUUAUGCGUUGGUGCAAUGCACUAGGGACUUGUCUGAGCUAUCUUGUGCUCAGUGUUUGGCCAUUGCAGUGAACAACUUCCCUAACUUUUGCAAUAAUCGUAGAGGGUGUAGAGCGCUAUAUAGUUCUUGUUAUGUUCGAUAUGAACUCUACCCAUUUUUCUUCCCUCUUGAUUCAAACAACACAGGCUCAACUUCCGACACAGUUAGGGUCAGCUUUUAUCCUUGAAAAAAAUGCUGAAAUUCAUAUUUCAUGCCAAAAGAAGCAUUCUUGCUUGGUUGGGCAUCAAAUACCUGUUUAUUGUGAAAAAUAUGUUGCUAUG